CUUCUCGGUAUUACAAUGUGGAGAAAAUGGAUUUAUUUUAGGGUAUACACAUUUAAGGUAGAUAUAGAGGCGAGGGUGAGGGCUGAGGAGAGCAGAAGGAAGGGAAAACACUCAAAACAGGACGACACCUCCAGCGUUGGGAGCGGCUCCAACGCAGACAACUCCCGCAGUGGCACCCCGACCCAGCGCAGGAAGGGGAGGAAGAACCGUGGCCGCAAGAAGGUUCCGCCGCCCCUCAGGAUGGGCUACAAGUUCGGGUGCUACCUGAAGGAGGACCACGGGCAGCCAAUCUUCGGGGUCCAGUUCAACCAGCACCUCCGCGAUGGCCAGCCGCUGGUGUUCGCCACAGCCGGCAACAAUAGGGUGUCGGUGUAUCAGUGUAUGGAAGAUGGAUCGAUCAAGAUACUCCAGUGCUACAGCGACCCAGAUCCAGAGGAGAACUUCUACACAGUUGCCUGGAGCUACGACACAGAGACCGGGCGCCCCAUCCUGGCCGCGGCGGGCUCCAGGGGUGUCAUUCGUAUCUUCUCCCUCGCCACCAUGCAGUCCAUCAAGCAUUUCAUUGGCCAUGGAAAUGCUAUCAAUGAACUCAAGUUUCACCCAAGAGACCCCAACCUGCUCCUCUCAGUAAGCAAGGACCACGCCCUCCGCAUGUGGAAUAUCCGCACGGACAUCCUUGUGGCCACCUUUGGAGGAGUGGAGGCUCACAGGGAUGAGGUGCUCAGUGCUGAUAUUGAUGUGGAGGGGACCUGCAUCGUGUCCUGUGGGAUGGAUCACUCACUCAAGAUCUGGAAGCUGACCACGGACCUCAUGCUGUCCACCAUCAGUCAGUCAUACACCUUCAACCCCAGUCACUCCGUUCGUCCGUUCCCCACCGUCCAACAAAACUUCCCGGACUUCUCGACGAGGGACAUCCACCGCAACUAUGUGGAUUGUGUCCGCUGGCUGGGCCGCUUCAUCCUCUCCAAGAGUUGUGAGAACACCAUUGUGUGCUGGAAGCCUGGUCUCCUGAACCAGACGGAGCUGAAACACAACGACACCAACGUCACCAUCAUCCACAAGUUUGACUACAAGGAGUGUGAGAUCUGGUUCAUGAGGUUCUCCCUUGACUACUGGCAGAAGGUAAUGGCUGUGGGGAACCAGCUUGGCCGGACCUACGUUUGGGACCUGGACAUCGGGGACCCGUCUCAGGCCCGCUGCUCCACCCUCACCCACCCCAAGUGUGUGGCGCCCAUCCGCCAGACAGCCUUCUCCCGCAACGGCAACAUCCUCAUCACAGUGUGUGACGACGCAACCAUCUGGCGCUGGGACAGAGUGGAGCAGCAGACUCCCCAGCACCCGUCGCAGCAGCAGGCACAGCAGUAAGCAGUAAAGGCUUGUAUGUAGUAGACUUUCGAAGUAAGGUUUUUAGGUUGUAUUCGUCCAAACGUUGCCAAAGGUUUUCACCAUGUAGGCAGUCUAUGUACUAGUAUUUUUUUA